GAGGUUCCAUGCAUCAACACUUUCAAACUUGGGUGCUGCUGGCCGCAUGAUCGCCGUCAUCUUUGAGGUGUACCCGCAUGCACAUGCCAAGCAACAAUACCUCGAUAUCGCUGCGUCUCUGGCACCGCUCUUGAAAGACAUCGACGGGUUCAUCUCAAUUGAGCGAUUUCAGAGCCUCGCCAAUCCAGACAAAGUGCUGUCGCUGUCGUUUUGGCGAGACGAAGAGGCCAUCCAGCGUUGGCGCAAUAUCGAGUCGCAUCGCUGGGCCCAAGCAAAAGGACGAGAUGGAAUCUUCCAAGACUACCGCAUCCGAAUUGGUUCCAUUGUGCGGGACUACGGCCUCACCGACCGGGAUCAAGCGCCUCAAGAUAGUCGGACUGCCCAUGGAUAGCAUGUAAAACCAUUCGACUCAAUGUACAUACUGUCACAUGCAAUGGAGAAUUCAUCGUCAACACGCGCACUUCGUCCCAAGCUGUCCGAUUUUCAUUCAUUUAAUU